AUGGCUUCCGCCAUCGCUAACCUUCCAGCAGAAGUCAUUGAAGCCGUGCUUAUCGUUGCCGCAGCCUCCGGGAACCCGGAUUCCAUAGCAGCACUUUCCCAGACCAGCAAGUCAUUCUACGAGCUAAUCCACUGCUGUCCAGACCAACACCUCUGGCGGGAGAUCUUCCUUACUACUUUCGAUGAUCCCAGACCAGCUCUGAAACAUCUGAGCACCAUAUCAGGUGGUCACCAUGACUUGCAGAUCAAUUGGACUCAAGAAUACAUUGAGCGUAUCAGUGCAGCUAGGUAUAUCAGACGUGCGGUCCAAACGACUGCCCCAGUAAGUUCGCAGUUGGAGAUUCUCGACAUCUCAGCGUCAUUAUCCGUGGUGAAAGCACUACUCUCAGUUAUCACCACCUCCUUGCCCUUCCCGUCAUGCCCACCUAUAUCUCACACCAUCCUGACUAACUUUCCCGAGCCCAAAUCCCAUUUCACACCCACGAUCAACUCUCCCCCACCCCUGCUUAUCUUGCUUAAAGACAAUUACAGUGCCAUGCUCGGUAGCGUCAAUGUAACGUGGCUUCAAGAUUUGCUAGAAAUCGGAUUCCCCCCUGAACUCACACGCACGCUGAUGGCAAAGCUGUCCUUCAAUGUCCAGGGUCGUGCACCGUACCAGCCCACUCUAACAUCCGCGUCACACUGGGAUGGAUCAGAAGUCAGUCAGCUAUUCCACAAACUCAUCUGCUGUACCGGCUUUAGACCCAUUGCCGCAUCAACACCUGAGCCCAUUCCCAUACUACACCCACGAUCCUCGUUAUACAUUCCUGAAGAGCAGUUCGCUGAUGCCCGCACCCUCGCACGUAGGCGUGUUUACGACAUGCGCUACCUCGGACCUGCACGCAUGUGGGGUCCCUUCCUACCCGUGCGACGCAGCACUACUGAUUCCCCCGAAUCAAACCAACUUGAAAUUUUGGAUGAGGAUGGGGAUGAGAACGAAGACGAUGACGAUGUUGAAGACGAGGACGACGACUUUGGUCUGAUGCACUUUGGGUUGAUGAACGGGCCUCGCAUCCCUGAUAUGAAUCCUCCAAUAGAGCCGUAUGAGCUUGUACCGGACUAUGUGUGGCUUGCGUCUGCGCGUAUCGUCGUGGAGGCGAACUUAGGGGAGAUGCCGACUGCAUUUUCGACGGGAAUUUUGCCAUAUAUGCGCAAAAUGUAUACGACAUGCAUAGGUGGGUCACCUGGGUAUUGGGAUGCAUGGGUAAAUCGGCCUAGGGAGGCACACAGAUUCGAGAACAGCGGGAAAAGCAAGCAGGGCGAAGUUGAAGGAUGGGAUUGGGCAGGUAUCAGUGGUAUUUGGAAGCGGUGUAUUUGCUGGCUUGAUUACCGAGAGCUAUUGGGUAACGUACCAUCUAAUUCGCAGCUGCUACAGCUCGCACCCGAAAGGUUCCUCGAAGACCACGUCCGUGAAGCUUGUCGAAUCAUUCCCAUUAAGAUUCGCAUAACUGGCUACUCGGAAUACCCCAUCCCACCAGGCAGCACCACCCGCCCCCUGCCAACCAUCCACUUCGAGGGUGAAUCUUUAGGGUCUGACCGCAGUCUUAACGACUUACGCAAAGUCACUGGUACGGUGAGCAUGAUCGGAGAUGGCGCUAUCCGAUGGUCAAUGGUAUCCACUGCAGCUGGGACAAAUGAGCCGGAAUGGUCGUCAGAGGCGGUUCAAAUUGGAGGGCCGGGUGCGGCGGUUGGGUUUUUGGGGAUGUGGACGGGUGCGAUGCAUGAGAGGCCGGACCCACUUGGUCCAUUUUGGGCUUGGAAGGUCGCAUGA